GAUCCGCUCCGAUCAGACUCUCUGAUCGUCAUCGAUUGGCUGAUCGGCUCCCAAAUCGCAGGAACACACGCCGGGAAGCGUCUGGCCGUGCCCCCCCCCUCCGGUCCUGCUCGGUCCGGGAGAAGAUAACGAUGUGUGAGGAGCAGACGGUGUCUCUGGUGGAUGUUCUGGAGGAGGAUGAGGAGCUGGAGGAGGAAGCUUCAGCCGUGCUGGCAGGAAGUGAUUCCGAUCACUGCUCGUAUCCUCAGGGCUACGUGAAGCGGCAGGCGCUGUACGCCUGCAGCACCUGCACGCCGCCCGGAGGCGAGGCCGCCGGCGUCUGCCUGGCCUGCUCCUACAAAUGUCACGAAGGUCACGACCUCUUUGAGCUCUACACCAAGAGAAACUUCCGCUGUGACUGUGGAAACGGGAAGUUCUCCGGGCUGCAGUGUAAACUCCAUCCUGACAAGGACGAGGUCAACAGUCUGAACAAAUACAGCCAUAACUUCUUCGGGGUUUACUGCACCUGCCGCCGGCCGUAUCCAGACCCCGACGACCAGGUGGAGGACGAGAUGAUCCAGUGUGUGGUGUGUGAAGACUGGCUGCAUGGCAGGCACCUGGGUUGUGUAGUUCCAGACUGCGUGGAGACGCUGGAGAUGAUCUGCGAGUCCUGCAUGAACAAACAUCUGUUUCUCUGGACCUACGCGCCUCACCUGGGAGUGCCGAGUCCAGCAGCACAGACAAAGGAGGAGAAGGGAGAACCGUCAGAACCCAGCGGCUCUAAAAAAGAGGAACAGCAGGAGGACGACGCCGUGGAGCCCAGGUGCAAACGCAGCCGGGAGGAGGCGGAGCCAAGCUGCAGACUGAAGGAGCUGCAGGAGGCGGGUCCCAAGAGGGACCAAUCAGGAGCCGUGUUCUGGCCUUCAGGGUGGCGCUCCAAGCUCUGCUCCUGCAGCACCUGCCAGGAGCAGCUGGGCGCCUCUGGCAUCUCCUUCCUGCUGGACGAAUCAGACACGGUGCUGGCGUACGAGAACCGCGGCAAGAGCAACGAGCUGAGGCAGCCGGGCCACGACCCUCUGAUGUCAGCGCUGGACAACCUGAACCGCGUGCAGCAGCUGGAGAUCAUCCACGGCUAUAAUGACAUGAAAACUGAACUGAAGGACUUCCUGCAGACCUUUGCAGCAGAAGGAAAGGUCGUGACCCCUGACGACAUCCGUCAGUUCUUCGAGCGGCAGAGCCGUAAAAGACGCCGGCCAGACUCAGGACCGUUCUUCUGCUCCUGAUCACUCCUGCUCUGUUUUUAACUUUUCUUUGAGAUGUUUUAAUGCCACAUGUCUCUGUUUUAACUCUUGUGUUUUUGUUUGUAAGAAUAAAAGUUACCCUGAGCAAUAAA